CGCCGAGUCCGCCAGCUACAAAACUGCGUCACUUCGUUGCAUCUUCCCCAUCCCUCUCUCUCUUAUUUCCCUCAGUGCCGUACAUACAUAAAUAAUACAUUGAAAGCUCCUCUUGGAAGAAGAGAGAGGAAAAAUAAAAACAGAGAGAGAGAGAGAGGGAGGAAAGGAAAUAAAUAAGAAAAAAAAGAGCGAGAGAGAAAAUGGCAGGGCGGAGCGAGCACGCGUACCGGCUAUUCACGCCGGUUACGGGGCGCGAAUCCAAAGUGCUGGCCUCGGACGAGUUCGACGAGGCCGACGUCUGGGAGUGCGCGCUCGAGUCCAGGCCGGCCGAACACCACAAGCCGGUCCCCGCCGUCGCCCGGACCGGGCGGAAGAAGACGGAGAAGCGAGAUCGCGUCCCCGCCGCGCCCGCGUCAAUCCCGAUGAACAUACCGGAGUGGUCCAAGAUACUGCGAGAGGAAUACAUAGGCAACAACAGCUGGAGGGAUUUGGACGACGAGGGGGAGGGCAGCGGGCCGGUGAUCCCGCCCCACGAGCUGCUGUGGCGGAGCAGGGGGGCCUCGUUCUCGGUCCACGAGGGGAUCGGGCGAACCCUCAAGGGCCGGGACCUGAGCCGGCUCCGGAACGCGGUCUGGGAGAAGGUCGGCUUCGAAGACUGAAUUGGACGAGACCCCCGGCAUAUGGCUAUUAUCCAUUUCUUCAUUUUAGGGUGAAAGGGAAGUAGCCGGAUAUGCAUAUGGAUUUGGAAACAAGAAUAUAUAUAUAUAUAUGGACCUAUUUCCCUUUUUUAACUUCCUUUUUUUUCUAUAAUGAAAAAAUUGCUUCUUCUUUUUUCUUCGAGAUGGGUUCUGAUUUUCGACUCGAGUUAGGGUAUUGUAUUUUGCUCUACCGGAUGGAAAUUCCGCAGUGAGAUGAACGUGGUCUUCGUUUUGAUAAUAAAUAAACUCUUUUGUGAUUACCUUUUUAUUCCAUACAUACAUAAAGGUUA